AUUUAGGAUUUUUUAACACAAUAUUUUUGACAAUCACACACUUUCAAAACGAAUUUAUUUAGAAACCUACCGCCUCGUGUUAUCUAUUGCGCAGCGGCUUUUUCAGUUUUCACGUACAAAUCUUUACAUACAUAUGUUUGUAUGUAUAUUUUCUAAAUUUUAUUUAUGUACUCGUUUUUUCACUUUUUUCUGACGUGGUUGUGAGAGCUGGAGCAAAUCAUAUGGUUGAUAAAUCAAGCUAGUGACUUUAAAAUAAGCACCCGAUGAAAAAGCGGACGAUAUUUUGCUGUGCCAACAAGUACGAUUUUUUUUAAACCAGAGAAAGUUAAUGACGAAGUUUUGGCUUGAAGCUAUACAUAUGCGCAAAUACCAACUCACAUUAUUGGUCUUCCUAACGCCCACAACUGUUUUACACAGCUGAGCGACGAACUUGCUACUUUCCGAAGGUUGCUUUUUCAAUGAGUGUUUUACGGUGACCCUGCUAGUAGGUCUUCACCUGAUAACCUUUGCAGCUGUGGACUUGAUAAUCCUUCAUCGGAAAAUCAACUAAAAAUAAUUUCACCGGCGGCUUGAUAUUUGGUUGUCAUCAUGCUGGCUUAUUCGGGACAUAUUAUGACUUUAGCCAAUAGUAUAAUUGGCGUGGGAAUACUAGCGAUGCCGUUUUGUUUUCAAAAGUGCGGCAUUAUACUCUCAGUCCUUUUACUUAUCAUUAGCAAUUGGAUCACUCGUAUAUCCUGCCAUUAUCUUAUAAAAUCCUCGCUGUUGACACGUCGAAAAAGCUUCGAGUUUUUGGGUUUUCAUGCCUUUGGUACUUCUGGCAAACUGCUUGCUGAAUUAUGUAUUAUCGGUUAUCUCUUCGGUACGUCCAUUACAUAUUUCGUAGUGAUGGGUGAUUUGGGACCGCAAAUCGUCUCGAAAAUGUUUUCACUAAAUCCCACCGACUUUCCUCACCUCCGCACCUGGGUGAUGUUAUGUGUAACAUUAUUUUGCAUAUUACCUUUGGCGAUGUUGAAAAAUGUUGAUAGUCUUUCAUCAGUAUGCGCAGCAUCAAUUGGCUUUUAUAUUUGUUUGGUUAUUAAGAUCGUGUUGGAAUCAGAGGAACAUAUUGUGACACACGAUUGGGUGGAGAAAGUAGAGUAUUGGCGACCGGCUGGCGUUCUACAAUGUCUACCCAUUUUCAGUAUGGCGCUCUCAUGUCAAAUGCAACUUUUUGAAGUGUUCGAGAGCAUAAAUAAUCAAAGCGUUGAAAAGUUGAAUGGAAUUGUACGCAAUGCCACUUGGAUAUGUACUUUCGUUUACAUAGCUGUAGGAUUUUUCGGUUAUGUCGCCUUCUGCACACAAACCUUUUCUGGUAAUAUUUUGAUGAACUUCUCGCCCUCCUUUGGUAGUGAUGUUAUCAAAAUUGGAUUCGUGCUAUCGGUUGCCUUCAGCUUUCCGCUUGUCAUAUUUCCCUGCCGGGCCAGCAUAUAUUCACUACUCUACCGCAAGGGUCACACUGACACCAGUGGUUACAUACCAGAGACCCGUUUUAAGGUCAUAACAACCUGCCUUGUUGGUUGCGCUCUCGGAAUUGCGCUUAUGAUCCCUUCGAUUGAGUUGAUUAUCGGCUUGGUGGGAUCCACCAUUGGUGUUGCUAUAUGUAUAAUGUUUCCGGCGUUUUGUUUUCGGAAAAUUGUAAAAAAGGACUCUUUUGAGCGAUCCUUAGCACAGUUUAUAUUUAUAAGCGGCUUUUGCCUUAUGGUUCUGGGUACCUACGCCAAUUUGCAUGCUAUCGACGAACAGCGGUCCGGUGCGCAUUUACAUGUAGCAGAAGAAUUGGAAGUUACGAAUAUAGUAAGAGCAACUGAAGCCAUCAAAGUAAUAGACCUUGCUCUCUCUAAGUCCCCUAGGGAUAAGAUGAGAGCGGAGAGUGCUCAUGUAGGAGAAGAAAAGUUAAUAUAUAAUCCAAUAGAAUCAAAUGUUCAGCAAGAAAAGAUCAAAUUUGAUUAUUUGAAAGAUGCAACCCCUGCAAAAGCCCUGCCGCAGGCUCCUAUAGCAGCCAAUGCAAAUAAUAACGAAGAGAAAUCAAAAUUGCCGGAAAAAGUGAUAAUCGAAAACGACGGAAGUUUAGUGAAUGUGAUGCCGUUGCAAGUCGUGCCGAAAAAACAAGACGGCGAGGUGUUUAAGUUAGAGGAAGAAAUCAAAAAACAACCUGAGAAGGUAGCACCAUCAGAUAUUAAGCCGUUACCAGCGAAUCCCUUACCUAGUGAGCAACCUCAGCCAGAACAACAACAGGAAAUUAACGAAAGCCCAUCAAAUAGUUUGCUACAGAAACAACAACAAACAAUUGAUAAGGAAGCCAUCAAGAAGGACGAAGAAAUAGCCGCUGAGGAAUUGAAAAAUGGUCAAAAAGCGUCCAAAAGCAGCAGCGAUGUUGAGCUUAAAGAAACACGUAAAGAACUAAAACAGACCAAAGAAUUACUGGAGCGUACCGUCGAUCAAUUGAAACAUGAAUUGGCGAAACAAAAUGAAGAGACACAAAAUUUGGUGGCAGAAAAAUUAGAAAGAGUUGUGCAAAAAGUGGAACAAAUUGAAAUGAAGGUACAAAAUAAGGAAUCCGUUCAAUUUUCAGCGCAAGAGAUUAAAAUGAAUGGUGACUUGUCCAAACAGCUUAAUAUGCCCGCCGACAAAGCUAAAGAAAAAGCCAAAGUUGAUAUGCCAAACAUGGCUGCGGCGUCAAUCCGUUCGGAUGAAAGACCUUCACUACUGAGCAUACUCUCCGAACAGCAAGCAGAUACACGCGACAAGGAAAAGGUAUAUGAACCACUAUCCUACAAAGCAGGCGAACUCAUUGAAAAAGUAAAAAAUGAGAGUAAACUGGAACCGCUUUUACCACUUCCUUUGGCCGUUCUGUUUAAUGCUUCAAACGUCAAUACAAAAGGCUUAUCAAAUAAACAAACACGCGAAGUUUUAGAAAACCAACUCAUCAAAUCAAACCAACAUACCACCGGUAAUAAGAAUGUCACUAUAGAUAGUAAGGCUGAAAAUGCGACGCAAGUAAAACCACUUGAACCGCGCAUAGUGCAAAACGCCCACACCUCUGAUGAGAAAGAAAAAGAGAAUGUGGAUGCUAUACGCCGAGAUAUUUUGCAGGUAAAAUCCGAAAGCUCAAAGAAGUACCCAAUUUUCGGCGUAACUGCGGGCGACACUGAGAACGACACCAUCAAUGCUGAGCACGUGAGACGAAAGCGUUCAAAUCAAACGCCUAAUUUGGAUAACAUCAAUUCGAAGCUGCAAAGUGACAAUUGUCUCACCGAACCCAAAGUUGGUGACCUACUAGCGCAUGGCGGACUCAGUAGUGCGAUCAAUUUAGAGACACAAGCUAUUGGGCGCGAGUUGCGUUCGGUAAGAGAUGAAAAUUAAAAACAACUCACAUGAAUGUGAAGUUGCGGACACAACUCAAAAACUCAACUCUUCAAGCUAAUCACUUCAGCAUUUUUGUAAAUUCGUGGUUAAUUGAAAAUUCAUGGAAUAUGCAUUGCAUCAAGUGCAUGGAGUUUCAUAUACAUAUGUCGUUUUAUAUCACAUACAUUUGUGUGCAAUUAUGUAAAUAUGUAUGUAUGAACUAAAUGCAUUUUUUUCCUGAAACAUUCCUACCGAACUCUGCGUUUUUCCCGUAGGCUCAUAUAUACUAAAUAAGUAAUUAUACUUGUAAUCUAAUGCAUAUUAUACAUAUGUAUGCUAUAUAUAUGGAUGUAUAAAGUAUUUGUGUUGAAUAUAAACAUAUAU